UACCCACUGGUGGGAAACGUUUUAAAGUUUCAAGGACAAACCCUGGAGCAAAAGUUCCGGACGUUGACGACCAUUUUCAGCACCGCCCCGAGGCUGUUCAAACUUUGGUUGGGUCCAGUAAUGGUGGUUGGAGUUACACAUCCCGAGUUGAUCCAGAAGUUGCUCAACGAUCCGAACUGUCUGGAGAAGCCGUUCUUCUACGAUUUUCUGAACAUGAAGCACGGCUUGAUUUCGGCUAGAAUCGAUUUCUGGAAGGUCAGUCGAAAAGUGCUCAACCCAACGAUGAACGUGAAGUUCCUGCACGAUUCGAUACCAGUGUUUGAAAAAUGUUCCCGAAACAUGGUGAACCGGAUGAAGGCCUGUCCAAAGCUCGAGGAACCCAUCGACGUCCUUCCGUUCACCAUGCAGUGCUCGCUGGAGAUGGUUUGUGCUACCACGAUGGGAGCGGAGGUUCUGGAGCGCGAAGGUAGUCAAAAGUUUAUGGAAGACACCGAAGAGUAUGUGUAAGAGGUAUUCGAUUGACAACUAGUUAUUGACCAUGGCACCUCUUACAGGCAUUUCAUGCUAGUGGCAUCUCGGAUAUUCAACGUCUGGCUGUACAGUGAUGUGAUUUAUCGGAAAACGAAACAAUAUCUCAUUGAGUGUCGAACUCGUGAAGCAUGUUUGGAUUUCGCUAUGAAGACCAUCAAGGUUCGUCGAGCAGCUUUGAAGUUAAAAGACCACAAACAAGAUUCAACAACAGGUCCAAAAAUCCUAAUUGACCAAGUUCUAACCAUGGAUAUCAACAAGGAGAUGAGUGAUCAAAACCUGUGCGAACAAAUCUGGACGCUGGUGGCCGCUGGAAGUGACACCGCAGCUCACGGAGUGGCCCACGCCUGUCUCAUCCUGGCCAUAUUCCCCCACCUUCAGGAAAAACUCCUGACAGAAAUCAAAUCCAUCCUCCCGUCCCACCAAACCCCCAUCACUCCGGAAGCA